AUAGUCCUUAAAAUAUUAAUUACAGUAGCUUCCAAAUUCUCUAAACGCAAAUGAUUGGUAUUAAUUUACGUUAACAUAAUUUGAUAUGGCGGGAUUCUUUGUAAACGGGAAGGAUGAUGAAGAUUAUGUGAAAUUGUACGAUAACUUGGAUGUGAACGUUCAGAAGUUAAUUAAUGCUGCAAUAGAAGUACGUAGAAACGCUUACUGCCCAUAUAGUUCUUUUGCUGUUGGUGCUGCCAUUCGUACCACUGAUGGUUCAAUAUAUACAGGAUGUAAUAUUGAAAAUGGCGCCUUUGUUGCUGGUAUAUGUGCGGAGCGUGUUGCUGCAGCAAAAGCUAUUACCGAGGGUAAACGCGAAUUCGUUGAUUGUGCUGUUGUAGCAUCAGUAGAUGCAAAACAUCAGUUUACUACACCUUGUGGUGUAUGUCGUCAAUUUCUUUCUGAGUUUGUUGUGAACAAAGAUAUAUCUAUAUAUGCUACAGUACCAAUUAAUCCACCGCUACGAGUGCUAUGCACCAGUGUAAUGGGGCUUUUGCCAAAAAGUUUUUCAUGCCCUAUUAAUCGUAAUGCACUUUGAUAUCUAUAGACUAUUAAUCGAAUAUUGCUAUUAAAUUAUGUUAGACAUCUGUAUUUUAUUUUACGACUUUCAUUAAACAUUCUAGCAAUUAUUUUGUUUUAAGUUGUUAAAAUAUUUAGACUUAAUUAUAGACUUAUUAUGUCAAACAUAUGAAUUAUAUUUUGGUUUUUAAUAAUUUUGUUAAUAGAACAUAUUAAUGAUAAAUAAAAAGCUGUAUAGAGG